AUCCUUGAUAUCUUCUCUCUUCCACUUCUUCUCAUAGCACAGUAAUCCUCACGAGACCGAAUAGAAAGCCAAUUGCAAUUGCGAUGGAGUCAACCGCCGGAAAGCAGCAGGACAAUGGCCCUGGCGCAAAACCCACCGUGUGCUUUCUAGGCCCGGUUUCGUCUUAUACACACCAGGCCACACUAAAUACAUUCCCCGAGGAUAAAUUUAACUUUCUCCCCGUAGAUACUAUCAAAGACAUCUUCGAAACAACACAGUCCGGCCGCGCGACCUGCGGCGUGGUCCCCUUCGAGAACUCGUCCAACGGCUCCGUGGUGUUCACGCUCGACCAGCUCGCCGACCGCGGCGGCGAGUACCCGGACCUGUCCGUGUGCGCGGAGAUCUACCUCGACGUGCACCACUGCCUGGUCGGUCGGCGGCGGGGGCGGGGGGGGAACAAGCAAGGAGAGGAAGACGGGGACGGGGACGGGGAGGGAGACGGAAGCGAGCUCGCGCACGUCGAACGCGUGUACAGCCACCCCCAGGCCUUCGGCCAGUGCACCGGGUUCCUGCGCGCGCGCCUGCGCGGCGUCGAGACCGUCGACGUCAGCUCCACGAGCCGCGCCGCGGCCCUCGCCGCGGACGACCCGACGGGGUCCAGCGCGGCGGUGUCCAGCGCCGUCGCCGCCCAGCGGCUCGGGCUGGACGUCCUGGCGCGCAACAUCGAGGACCGCGAGGACAACACGACGCGGUUCUUCGUGCUGCGACGUGGGAACGGCAGCAGCAACGAUAAUAGUAACGAUAACAGCACUAGCGGUAGCGGUAGCGGUAGCGGCGAGGUUGUUGCCCUCCACCCUCCGAUCCCGGAGCUGGAAGAAGUGAUCAACGCGCGCAGACCCGACGGAGCCGGAGACGCAGCCGGUACAGAUCGGGAUGUGUACUCGCGCACCAAAUCGCUCGCGUCCUUCACCGUGCCGCACCGGUCGCCGGGCGCGCUCGCCUCCGUGCUCGAGUGCUUCCGGCGGGCGCGGCUGAACCUGACGAGCAUCAACAGCCGGCCGAGCCUGGCGGCGCCGUUCCGGUACGUCUUCUUCGUCGAGUUCGAGGGCCACCGCCUGCGGGACCCCGAGCGCCGCGUCGCCGACGCCCUGGCCUGCGUCGCCGCCGUCGCGCAGAGCUGUCGGUGGUGGGGCAGCUGGGAUAGUAUGCGGUAAUCACCGGGGGAGGACGGGCGGUGAGGGGGUGAGGGGUGUGAGAGGUGGGAGGUGAGAUGGAAAAGGG